AUGUUCUUCAUGAUGCAAAAACGAGGCCCGGCAGCCGGUUCAUCGGAAAAGCCGCGGCGGCCCCGGAAAUUGCUCACCACUUGUCGCCAGACCGACAAAAUUACGCCCUGGCGAUCCUGCGUCACCUACUACCCGCAAAGCACCUCAUCGGGGCUGGCCAACGCGACGGCAAUCCCGGCCCAGGUGGCCCCGACCCAUCAACAUCAACAUCAGCAGAACGGCUACGGAUCACCGAAUAGGAAUUUCGAUUCGAACAUUAACGGCAAGGCGACGACCAACGGGCACACAGCGAGAUCUUAUGAGAAUGCCCGCGCCCCGCCGCCAACUAUGAGAAAACUUCAGCACGCUUCAUAUUCUAUAGAGGACGUAGAGGGGCUGCCAGAGCCUCCGUCUUAUUCAAUUGCUAUGCAAAGAUUAAAACAACUUCAAAAUCAGUGGGAUCGGCGACCGAACUCGGCGAGUCCGCUGCACGGUCGACCAUCACUUGCUCAAUCGAAUUCCGUCGGCCCGUCACCACCAAUCCCAGUCAGCCAAACAUCCGGGAGCAGCUACAACAGCCCGGUCCUCGGCACCAAGAUCAGCUCCCAGCUCAGCCAGCCGAGGUCGAAUUUUGGGGAAAUUUCGAGAGAGUCCCUACGCGACUCGGUGAUUCGGCAUUCUGUCGAGAAUACGUUGAAUCGACAGUUCCGAAAUCGGUCGGCUUCCCUUCCACGCGGGACCCAUUUGUACGACUACGAGGCGAUGAAUGAAUUUAUACCAACGCCGGCGCGUGUGUAUGAUCUACAGCAGUUCAACCGUCUGACCCCAGCCGAACAAAUGGCCGGCAGCCUCGAUAAUCUGCACAUCAACACGCAGUUCGAGAUGGAGACCGAUCUGGCGGGGAGGAGGAGGUUACCAGCUCCACCUCCUGGAGUCGUCAACCAACAGUUCGGGUCGGAUUCGGAGAUGCUUGAUCCGGUUGGGAGGCAGCCAGCGUAUUCGAGACAGAGAAGGUGCCGCCGGAUGGGGAUGAACGGUCGUCGAUCUGCUAGUGUGGGUCGAUAUGAGGAUUCUCCCGAGCAACUGCCAUAUACGGACUAUGAUUUUGGAGGCGGCGUUGAACAAGCCGUUCGAGCACAACUGAUCGCCUUGGAUCAGCGCGGCUUCCGAAGUGUCAUCGUGCAGAAGCUCCAGCCCGGGCCAUUUGGCUUUUACAUCGCCACGGGAAUGCUAAAUGGCCAACGAGGUAUCUUCAUCUCGCGCGUCUCGAUCCCAUCCUUGUCACCUGUACUCUCCGUUGGCGACGAAAUUCUCUACGUCGACGACGAGCUGGUGAAGGGCCGUACGCUGGAGUACGUGCAGACGUUGAUCGCCGGAAAAACUCAAGUCUAUAUCGUCACGUUGCCCUCCGUCGGCGGGCCGGCUGUAUGU